CGUGGCACAAAGACACCGCCACAAGGAACUCAGGAAUCUCUUUUGUUCUCAAACUCCUCUUCUCCUCCUAUUUAGAUUCGUCACUCGCGCACCCUUCACGACUACAGAAGCCUCGAAAAUCGGUGCGGCACAGCAAACCCUCAAGUGAACUUCGGGAUGGCUUCAAAGAGGAUCAACAAGGAGUUGAAGGACCUCCAGAGAGACCCUCCAGUUUCAUGCAGUGCUGGUCCUGUUGCUGAUGACAUGUUUCACUGGCAAGCUACAAUUAUGGGCCCCGCAGAUAGCCCGUUUGCUGGUGGAGUGUUUCUUGUGUCAAUCCACUUUCCACCUGAUUACCCUUUCAAGCCUCCCAAGGUUUCUUUCCGUACAAAGGUUUUCCACCCUAAUAUUAAUAGCAAUGGCAGUAUCUGUCUUGACAUUCUCAAGGAGCAGUGGAGCCCUGCCCUUACAGUAUCCAAGGUUCUUCUGUCUAUCUGUUCGCUGCUGACAGACCCGAACCCAGAUGAUCCUCUGGUUCCUGAGAUUGCUCACAUGUACAAGACUGACAGGGGCAAGUAUGAAACUACUGCCCGCUCCUGGACCCAGAAAUAUGCGAUGGGCUAAAACUGCUAGGUUCAUUGCUGAAGGGACUUUAAAUAUAUGGUGAUAAUAAUAAUAAUAAUAAGUAAAUAAUAGAAACCUAUUUGAAGAUUUUAAGAAUCGUGUUCGGUUGGUUCAAUUGUGUUUGGUUCUGGGACAAGCUCUUGCCUGUUAUAUUAAGAGGUUACUUAGUGGCUGGAUAUAUUUAUGGAAGCUUUAUGAAGUAAAUUGCUUGGUAUCUCACUUUUGUUUUGCAUGUUAA